UCUGUGUAGCAUGACAUCGUGGAAUUUGCUUCAGAAAGCUCUGCCUAACGCAUAUGCAUAUGGUGACUUUGCCCCUCGACACGGCCUUAGCGAGUGUGAGCCUAGAAUCAGGUACACAUAUUCACAGAAGAUUGCUUCCAUUGCAAUUGCGCGUUGCUCGUCUAAUGGCUAGAGUGUACAUCAAGCGGUGCUUUGAGAGACUGACUUUGAAGCAUUAGCACCUGUAGCCUGUGGGCUGUGGCCAGAGACUACGCAUUCAGCACCGCUGGCCAGGAAAACUGUCAUCUCACGCUCGGAGAAGCAGUUCGGCAGGCGGCAUCAAUUCGCCUCCGCCCCCACAAACUAGCGCUAGUCUCCGGACGACAUUGAACAACACCUCAAGGAGUCUAAGCCUUGACUUUAAGCCCAUUUGUCGCCUCCGAGGACAUGUCUAUCGCAAUUUUUCCGACACUGACUGCCAAGCCUGGUCAAGGCGAUAAAGUGGCAGCUAUUCUUCCUGGACUUGUCAAAAAGGUCAUUGCAGGCGAACCGAAGACACUGGCAUACUACUUCUUUCGACUCACUGAGAAGCCUGAUGUCUUCUCCGGAUUUGAGCUAUACGAGGACAAAGGAGGAAUCAAAUUACAUGGAGCUACACCGCAUUUUGCAGAAUUCGGCAAGACUGCAGGCCCACACUUCGCUGCUCCUGCAGGCUUGGCUUUUGCUGCCCCUGCUGCUGGUUUCUUGACGCGUGACACCGAGUCCGCUUCCACAAUCUCAACAAACUUGAGCUGCAUCGCUGUAGCAGUGGUCAUUUCGAUCAAGGACGAGCAAGGACGAAUUGACAUUCUCAACAGGGCUAAAGAGGCGUGCGCCAAGGUGCAGAAGAAUGAGCCAGGUACGCUUUCCUACCAAUGGUUCGUGGAUCCGAAGGAUGCGAAGAAGGUCUUUGUCUUUGAGAGAUACACAGAUGCAGCUGCUGUUGCAGCUCAUCGGAAGAACUGUGCCGACUUCUUGAGAUGGAUGAAUACAGUAGUUGAGAAGGUCACCAUUGCUUCUGGCACUCCUGUUGGUGGGUUCCUCAAACGGGAACCGAGCUUGCUUGACGCCGGCAAUACCAAGCUUUAGGGCGAU